AUGAAAAGACAUAGUGAUUCAUUUAAACCAAUUAAAUUACCAAAUCAAUUAAAGUUUGAAUCUGGAAGUGGUAAUGAUGACGAUGAUGACGAUGAUCAAUCACGUUUCCAAAACUUACCAGGUUAUAAAGAUAAAUCCCUUAAAAAAUUAAGUAGAAAAGAAGAAAGAAAACAAGAAAGAGAAGAUAAGAAAAAAAGAAAACAUGAUUUUUAUAAUAAAAAAAAUAAUAACAAUAACAACAAUAAUAAUAAUAAUAAUAAUAAUAAUAAUAAUAAUAAUAAUAAUAAUAAUAAUAAUAAUAAUAAUAAUAAUAAUAAUAAUAAUAAUAAUAAUAAUAAUAAUAAUAAAAAUAAUAAUAAUAAUGGUAAUAAAAAAAAUAAUAAUAAUAAUAAUAAUAAAAAACAAAGAUUAGAUGAACAAGGUAAUAGUAAAAAACAACAACCACAACAGCCACAACAAAAAUCUAAAGCACAAUUGAUUAAAGAAAAAAUGAAACAGGAUGCAUUAAAUGAGAAAAAGAAAAUGGAAUUUUUAAAAUCAAUUGGUAAAACAAAAUCAGAUUUAAUGUCACAAGAUGAUAAAGAAAUUGCAAUGUUAGAGAAAAAGUUAGGUUUAAAUAAAAAGAAAUCAAAGAAAUCAAAUGAUGAUACUGAUGAAGAAAAUGAUGGUUUAAAUUCAUUCACCAAACCAACUAAAAAACAACCACAAAAAAAUAAUAAAGAUACAGAAGAAGAGGAAGAAGAAGAAGAGGAAUAUGAUGAUGAUGAUGAUGAACCAUAUGAAGAAUCAGAUAAACCAACUGGUGUAUCACAUAUCGAUGAUAUUUUUGACGAUUUAGAAAAAACUUUAGCCGGUGGAUACUCUGAUGAAGAUGAAGAAGAAAAUGAAGAUUUAGCCUACAAUUAUGAUGAGGAUGACCUUGAUCAAGAAUAUAAUAGUGAAAUUGAAAAUGAUGAAGAUGAGGAUGAAGGUGAUGAGGAUGAAGGUGAUGAGGAUGAAGGUGAUGAGGAUGAGGGUGAUGAGGAAGAAGAAGAAGAAGAAGAAGAUGAAGAUGAAGAUGAAGAAGAAGAAGAAGAAAUUGAUGAAAAAGAUUUAAAAGAAGAUAUUUAUGGUAGAAUUAUUAAUUCAAAAACAGGUGAGAUUGUAAAGGAUAAUAAAAUUGUAAGUGAAGGUAGUGCUCCAUCAAAUAAAUAUGUUCCACCACAUUUACGUGCAGCAGCAACAACAACAACAACAACAGCAACAACAAAAACAGAAACAAAUUCAAAAACAGAAAUAUUAAAAUCUAAAUUAUUAAAUUCAAUUGAAAUUGAUCCAAUUUUAAAAAGAAGAAUUAAUGGUUUAUUAAAUAAAUUAGCAAUUAAUAAUUUUUAUGCAAUUUUUAAUGAAAUUCAUGAUUUAUUUAAUACAAAUCCAAGAAAUUCAAUGAAACAAGUUUUAACAGAAUUAAUAUUAUCAAGUUGUUGUAAUGAAGAUCAAAUCCAACAUCAUAUAAUUCAUAUAUCAUGUGCAUUAAUUAGUGGAUUACAUUCUGCUAUUGGUACUGAUAUCGGUGGUAAUUUCAUUGAAACUAUAUUUAAAAAUUAUUUAGAACAAGAAAAUAAAUUAAAAAAUGGCAGUAGUGGUGGUGGUAGUGGUAAUAAUAAUUUAAUUUCAAAUUAUUUAUUAUUAUUUGUUCAUUUAUAUAAUUUUCAAGUUUUAGGUAGUAAAAUUAUAUUUGAUAUGGCAAAGAAUUUCAUUGAAUCAUUUUUGGAUAUUGAUAUUCAAUUGUUAUUAUUACUAAUUCAAAAUGCUGGUUACCAAUUACGUGGUGAGGAUCCAGCAACUUUAAAAGAUAUAAUUUUAUUAGUUCAAAAGAAACAAUUGGAACAAAAACAAAAAAGACAAGAUGAAAUUUUAAAUAAUAUAAAUUCAGAUAAUAAAACUAAAUCUCAAUUAUUACAAGAUGAAGAAAAAGUUACAAAAUUAUCAUUUAUGAUGGAAACAAUUAGUAAUUUAAAAAAUAAUAAAAUUAAGAAUACAAAAUUAUUAGAUACAUUAACAUCUUUAAAAAAAGUUAUAAAAGGUGUAUUAAAAUCAAAAGAUUUAUCAAUUAAUAAUAAUCAAAUGAAAAUUUCAUGGGAUGAUUUAAAAUCAAUUGAUAUUAAAGGUCGUUGGUGGUUAGUUGGUUCAUCUUGGUCUGGAAAUGAUAUAAAUCCAUUAUUAGGUAUAACAUCAUCAUCGUCGUCGAGUAAAAACAUAAUUGAUGAUGGAAAUGGUAUUUCAAUUAAAAAUCAUGAAAAUGAAUCAAAAUUAAUGAAAUUAGCAAUUGCAAAUAAAAUGAAUACAGAUUUGAGGAAAUCAAUAUUUUGUAUAUUAAUGUCAAGUGAAGAUUAUUUGGAUGCAUUUGAUAAAAUUAUGGAAUUGAAAUUAAAGGAUAAACAAGAUCGUGAAGUUAUUCAUGUAUUGAUGCAUUGUUGUUUAAAGGAAAAGAAAUUCAAUGCUUAUUAUUACCAUUUAGCUCAUCGUCUAUGUUUACAUGACAAUAAUUUCAAAUUCACACUUCAAUAUGAUAUUUGGGAUCAAUUAAAGGAAUUGGAAAGUUCUGAACAAUCUUCACAGAUUAGUCGUGUUAAUAAUUUUUCAAAUUUCUUGGCAAGGUUAAUUGAAAAUCAUGUUUUCUCAUUAACAAUCUUACGUGUUUUAGAUUUAAAUCAACAACUAUCGCCAAUUCAAAUAUUAUUCUUUAGAAUACUUUUCACUCAUUUAUUAACAUUACCAAAUGAAUCUGAUGUAUCUACAAUUUUCGAACGUUUAAUCUCUUCAACUCAAAAUAAAAUCUCUGCAACUAAAGAAUCUCAAGCAAAUGCUCUCUCCCUUAAAAAAGGUAUUAGUCUUUUCUUUAUGCAUGGUUUACUCUCUGAUUCAAUGCCACGUGAUGAUAAAUAUAAACUUUUAAAAAAUCGUAUAAAAUUAGUUAAACAAGUAUUAAAAUCAAAUGAUUCAAUUUUACUUUAA